CUCCCGCAGCGCAAAAUGGUCGCACCUGGCCCACGCCCACUAUCCCCCCCAGGCCCCAGGCCCCGAACGCACCUGGACCUGGUGGUGCUGGUGGCCUUCAAGGUCAAGGCUGCCGCUAUAAAACGCGCUGCGCUCCCCGCAGCUGCAGCCUCGAUCGCUUGCUGGCCUUGUUGCGAUCGAGUAAUUGCCUGCCCAUCUUCUUCUGCCAGAAGAAACACACGCCCGGCCGCCCCCACGGUCCGGCCGGCCGGCUGCUGCCGCACAGAAACUCACACCGCCGCCGCCUGCCACCACCCAGUUCGACCGGAGUCAGAGCGGGAACAUACACAGACUGAGAAUUCUGUUGGAUCGAGCAGCAUGGGUCGGGCGCCGUGCUGCGACAAGACGAGUGUGAAGCGGGGGCCGUGGUCGCCAGAGGAGGACGAGCUGCUGCGGAGCUACGUCCACAACCACGGCACCGGCGGCAACUGGAUCGCGCUACCGCACAAAGCAGGGCUGAACCGGUGCGGCAAGAGCUGCCGGCUGCGGUGGCUCAACUACCUGCGCCCGGACAUCAAGCACGGCGGCUACACGGAGCAGGAGGACAGGAUCAUCUGCUCCCUCUACAACUCCAUCGGGAGCAGGUGGUCCAUCAUCGCGUCCAAGCUGCCGGGCCGGACGGACAACGACGUCAAGAACUACUGGAACACCAAGCUCAAGAAGAAGGCAAUCGCCAAUAUGCAGCAGCAGCAGGAGGAGUACUACCACCACCACCAGCAGCACAGCUCAGGCGGCGGGCGCGGCCGCCGCGGCGGUGCCGCCGCCGCCGUCACGCCGCGCGCCGCUCCGCGGAGCCAGCAAUGCGCAUCAUCCAUGCAGCCGUCUCCCGCGUCCGCCUCGUCCGCGGUCACCACCGCGAGCGCCAGCGACGCGUGCAGCUUCGGCGCCAUGUACCCUUCCCCGUCGACGACGACGCUGCAGGCUGCUGCUCCGGUGCUCGCGCGCUACGACGGCACGGCGCCAGCGCCGCCACUGCCGCCGCCGCCGCCGCAGCAGCAGCAGCAGCAGCAAGCGUCUGCGCUCGCCGAGUUCUCCCCCGCGCCGGCACCGGCCACCGCCAUCAGCGGCACCUGGGCCGCCGGGCUGCCCCUCGACGACAUGUUCCUGCCCGAGCUCCUCGGGGACAGCGAGUUCCCGCCCGGCGGCGACUUCUUCGGCACCGGGUUCGCCCCGCUGCUGCUGCAAGACAGGGCGGCGUCGGCGUCCCUGCAGGAGCUCUCCGCGUGCUACUUUCCCAACGCGCAGGCCGAGAUGUGGGCGGCCGCGGAUCAUCACGUUCAUGUCAAGCCGCCGGCCGGCCUCUGCCACAGCCUGACAUGACCGCGAGGAGACUACACUAAACGAAGCUUCGAUCGGCAAUGACUACUCAUGCAGGGCUAGCGUGUCUCUUAAUUGCUAGUGGUUCUUGGCGCUCUCUCCCCUGUCCAUGGAUAUGCAUGAUCUCUCUCUAUGACUAUGAGCGAGGUCAUCACAUGUACAUUAUUAUCUCUCUCUCCAUAUGGUCUGUGACUAGCCAGCACCAUAUCAUAGAGAAAUUAUUAGAGAUAGAUGUGGAUCGCCAUUGCUUUGUUUGGCUUCGAUCUCUUCUGCGUACCAACCAACCAGUCAGUCAGUCAGUCACGCUGUUCAAAACUAUUCUUCAGUUGCCA